AUGCUAGUGGAACAAGCAGAGCUUAGGAAGCUGACCCUAAGCCAGCAGUCAGGAAAACCGGCGAAUAACCUGGCUUAUACCACAGAAACUCAAAAAGGCUCAAGAUUUGUGAUCAUAUGUAUCUCCAAAAAUGAAGGUGAAGGCUACACCCAUCAGGCCCUGAACUCCACCCCCAGCAUUGCCAUGACCUCUACCAUCUUCCCAGCGACUUCUAUGGCCCCAGUCUCGGUCUCUACAGUAGCCAGCCCUGCCCUGGUGCCAUUCACCCUCAACUUCACCAUCAAUAACUUGCACUAUGUGGAGGACAUGCGUCGCCCUGGUUCCUGGAAGUUCAACCACACAGAGAGAGUCCUGCAGGAUCUGCUCAGACUCUUGUUCAAUAACACCCGGUUGGGCCACAUAUACUCAGGCUGCAGACUGACAUCGCUCAGGCCUGAAAAGAAUGGAGCGGCCACUGGAGUGGAUGCUGUCUGCACGCACCGCCCUGAUCCAGUGGGCCCUGGGCUGGACAGAGAGCAGCUGUAUUGGGAGCUGAGUCAGCUGACACAUGGUGUCACCCGGCUGGGCCCCUACACCCUGGACCAGGACAGUCUCUACGUCAAUGGUUACUCCCAUUGGACCUCAGCCACCUCUGCCACCACCACUGACCUUCACCUGGUGUCCUUCACCUUGAACUUCACCAUCACCAACAUGCAGUACACGGAGGACAUGGGUCACCCAUCUUCUCUGAAGUUCAGCGCCACCGAAAGCAUCUUACAGCAUCAACUCAGGGUCUUGUUCAGUAAGACCAGUGUCGGCCCCCUCUAUGCUGGCUGCAGCCUGGAGUUGCUCAGGCCUGAAAAGAGGGGAGCAGCCACUGGAGUAAAUAUAGUCUGCAGACUCCACUCUGACCCCGCAAGACCCGCACUGAACACACAGCAGCUGUACUGGGAGCUGAGCCGUGGGACAGACGGCAUCACCCAGCUGGGCUCCUUCAGUUUGGACAGAAAUAGCCUCUACGUGAAUGGUUACACCUAUGCAGCGCUGGCCCCCCCUACCACCACUGGGGAGGUCAGUGAGGAGCCCUUCACGCUGAACUUCACCAUCGACAACCUGCGCUACUCGGCAGACAUGGGUCGCCCAGGAUCCCACAAGUUCAACAUCACAGACACCCUCAUGCAGCACCUGCUCAGCCCGUUGUUCCAGAGGAGCAGCCUGGGUGCCCAGUAUGCCGGCUGCAGGGUCAUCUCCCUAAGGUCUGUGAAGAAUGGUGCCAAGACACGUGUGAACAUCCUCUGCACCUACCGGCAGUCCCCCAGCGGCCCCAGCCUGCUGGCCAAGCAGGUGUUCCAUGAGCUGAGCAGACAGACCCACGGCAUCACCCGGCUGGGUCCCUAUUCUCUGGACAAGGACAGUCUCUACCUCAAUGGUGAGUGGUUCUCAGCCCACCUCACUGGGUCCACACCCUAACGCCAGAAGAGUCUC